AUGCCCGAUCCUUUGAGCAAUUACUUAUUGCAAGGACCUUCAUCCGGCAAUAUUGAAGCGUUGAGUCAAGUUGACAAAAACAUUGAAUCUCCAUCACUCUCCAUCGUUUCAAAAUCAGAAACUCAUUCGCCAACUUUUGCAAUUCCAAGCACAAUCACUUCCACAACAGAAGAAAAUCCUGUCGCGGCUGUAAAAGACAAAAUCCGAAGAAAGCUGUUCAGAAGAAAGAAGAAUCAUCGCAUUGAGUUGCCUGAAAGCCCUUCACUCUCCAUUCAAUCGUCCUCUUCUUCAUCGUCACUUUCAACACCUUAUUUGAAAAUACACAUCAAAAUAAUUCGUCUCUAG